AUGAGUUCUCUUGGCGGAGAGUUAAUUGAAAAGGAUGUGAAAAGUACAUCUACGCAAGAAUUGCAAAAAGUCACACCAGACUCAAGCCUUAAAAACAACCUGGACAGGUUGACAAUUGAAACAUUGAGAUCACUUUGUUCAGCAAAGGGUCUACCUGAGACAGGAAACAAGAAAGACUUGGCGGAACAUUUUGCUACAAAGAUUACUAAUAAGAUUAAGGGUAAGGAAACAACGAACAUGGACGAUUCUUGGCAAAGUGAUGAAGAACGAUAUAUAAACCAGUAUGCGAACAACUUGAGGAAGGAUUUUCAGAGAAAAGAAAUAGGAGAACAAGAUCAGUUCGAAUACGAAGAAUGGCGUAAAGUAGAAAAACUCCUUGAUGAGGCGUUGACGAGUAAAUCAUGGGAUCAAGUGAUGAAGACUCAAGAGAUCACUUAUACUCGGGCUUAUAUGUUACGCAUAGUAAAUAAGGAAAAAUGA